AGGGUCCUCUUUAACUCCUCGACAAUUACUCCUCAAUGGCAUUCUAUUACUUUCAUAUAAUCAACAUCCCAUCCGGCUUCCCAUAACACUACAAUCGAGGAUGCUACACUUUCAUAUUGAGGUCACAGCUUCUCAAUUGCAGACGUACUAGAUGGAUGCGCUUCGUUGUGCUACCACUAGCUUCUGCAACUUUUCUUUCUCUUCUUGCUUGCCAUUAUGGCUUCUUUCAGGCGCCUUCUGCCCAUUCUUCUUGUUUGGACUUACCUUUUAGGGUUUAUUACGGAAUAGAAAGACUUGGAGUUGGCAUGGUUGCCUCAGUAGUGUUGGAGUUCCUCGUGGCGGCUCAAUUGUUCUUUCCUCGGCGUUGACGAGUAUAUCUAUUAUUGUAUUCCUAUUCUUCUUUCAUUCGGCUAUGGG